AAGGGGGAUAAUGAUGGUCGGACUCCAUUACACUGUGCUGCUUCCAAUGGUCAUAUUGACGUCAUGAAAUAUCUGAUCAGUGAAGGAGCUGAGGUCGAUAAGGAGUAUUAUGAUGGUCGGACUGCAUUACACAGUGCUGCUUCCAAUGGGCAUAUUGAUGUCAUCAAAUAUCUGAUCGAUAAGGGAGCUGAGGUCGUUAAGGAGGAUAAUGAUGGUCUGACUGCAAUACACUGUGCUGCUUCCAAUGGUCAUACUGACGUCAUCAAAUAUCUGAUCAGUGAAGGAACUGAGGUCAAUAAGAAGGAUAAUAAUGGUCGGACUGCAUUACACAGUGCUGCUAAGAAUGGUCGUAUUGACGUCAUCAAAUAUCUGAUCAGUGAAGGAGCUGAGGUCAAUAAGGAGGAUAGAAGUGGUUUGACUGCAUUACACAGUGCUGCUUCCGAUGGGCACAUUGACGUCAUCAAAUAUCUGAUCAGUGAAGGAGCUGAGGUCAAUAAGGAGGAUAGAAGUGGUUGGACUGCAUUACACAUUGCUGCUUCCAAUGGGCAUCUUGACGUCAUCACAUAUUUGAUCAGUAAGGGAGCUGAGGUCGUUAAGGAGGAUAAUGAUGGUCUGAGUGCAAUACACAGUGCUGCUUCCAAUGGUCAUACUGACGUCAUCAAAUAUCUGAUCAGUGAAGGGGCUGAGGUCAAUAAGGAGUAUAAUAAUGGUCGGACUGCAAUACACAGUGCUGCUUCUAAUGGUCAUACUGACGUCAUCAGAUAUCUGAUCAGUAAGGGAGCUGAGGUCAAUAAGGAGGAUAUAAGUGGUUGGACUGCAUUACACAGUGCUGCUUCCAAUGGGCAUAUUGAUGUCAUCAAUUAUCUGAUCAGUAAAGGAGCUGAGGUCAAUAAAGGGGAAAAUGAUGGUGAGACUGCCAUACACAGUGCUGCUUCCAAUGGUCACAUUGACGCCAUCAAACAUCUUAUUAUUAAGGGAGCUAAGAUCAACAAGAAGGAUAAAAGUGGUUGGUUUUCAUUACACAGUGCUGCUUUCAAUGGACAUAUUAAUGUCAUCAAAUAUCUGAUUAGUGAAGGAGCUGAGAUCAAUGAGAAGGAUAAAAGUGGAAUUACUGCAUUACACAGUGCUGCUUUCGAUGGACAUAUUGAUGUCAUCAAAUAUCUGAUCAGUAAAGGAGCUGAUGUCAAAAAUGGGGAUAAUGAUGGUCAGACUGCAUUACACAGGUCUGCUUCCAAUGAUCAUAUUGACGUCAUGAAAUAUCUGGUCAGUAAGGGAGCUGAGGUCAAUAAGAAGGACAAAAAUGGUGUGACUGCAUUACAUAGUGCUGCUUCCAAUGGUCAUAUUGACGUCAUCGAAUAUCUGAUCAGUGGAGGAGCUAAGAUCAAUAAAGGGGAUAAAGAUUGUCAGACUGCAUUACACAUUGCUGCUUCCAAUGGGCAUCUUGACGUCAUCAAAUAUCUGAUCAGUGAAGGAGCUGAGGUCAAUAAGGGGGAAAGAGAUGGUCAGACAGAAUUACACAUUGCUUCUAGGUUAGUCCAUAUUGAAGUCAUCAAAUAUCUGAUCAGUAAUGGAACUGAGGUCAAUAAGAAGGAUAAUAAUGGUCGGACUGCAUUACACAGUGCUGCUGAGAAUGGUCGUAUUGACGUCAUCAAAUAUCUGAUGAGCCAUGGAGCUGAGGUCAAUAAGGGGGAUAAUAAUGGUCAGACUGCAUUACACAGUGCUGUUUCCAUUGGUCGUAUUGACGUCAUCAAAUAUCUGAUCAGUGAAGGAGCUGAGGUCAAUAAGGAGGAUAAAAAUGGUUGGACUGCAUUACACAUUGCUGCUUUCGAUGGGCAUAUUGAUGUCAUCAAACAUAUGAUCAGUAAAGGAGCUGAGGUCAAUAAGGGGGAUAAUGAUGGUCGGCCUCCAUUACACUGUGCUGCUUCCAAUGGUAAUAUUGACGUCAUGAAAUAUCUGAUCAGUGAAGGGGCUGAGGUCGAUAAGGAGUUUAAUGAUGGUCGGACUGCAUUACACAGUGCUGCCUCCAAUGGGCAUAUUGAUGCCAUCAAAUAUCUGAUCGAUAAGGGAGCUGAUGUCUUUAAGGAGGAUAAUGAUGGUCUGACUGCAAUACACUGUGCUGCUUCCAAUGGUCAUACUGACGUCAUCAAAUAUCUGAUCAGUGAAGGAGCUGAGGUCAAUAAGGAGGAUAAAAGUGGUGGGACUGCAUUACACAGUGCUGCUUCCAAUGGUUAUAUUGACGUCAUCAAAUAUCUGAUCAGUGAAGGAGCUGAGGUCAAUAAGGAGGAUAGAAGUGGUUUGACUGCAUUACACUGUGCUGCUUCCGAUGGGCACAUUGACGUCAUCAAAUAUCUGAUCAGUAAGGGAGCUGAGGUCAUUAAGGAAGAUAGAAGUGGUUGGACUGCAUUACACAUUGCUGCUUCCAAUGGGCAUCUUGACGUCACUACAUUUUUGAUCAGUAAGGGAGCUGAGGUCGUUAAGGAGGAUAAUGAUGGUCUGGCUGCAAUACACAGUGCUGCUUCCAAUGGUCAUACUGACGUCAUCAAAUAUCUGAUCAGUGAAGGGGCUGAGGUCAAUAAGGAGUAUAAUAAUGGUCGGACUGCAAUACACAGUGCUGCUUCUAAUGGUCAUACUGACGUCAUCAGAUAUCUGAUCAGUAAGGGAGCUGAGGUCAAUAAGGAGGAUAUAAGUGGUUGGACUGCAUUACACACUGCUGCUUCCAAUGGGCAUAUUGAUGUCAUCAAUUAUCUGAUCAGUAAAGGAGCUGAGGUCAAUAAAGGGGAAAAUGAUGGUGAGACUGCAUUACACAGUGCUGCUUCCAAUGGUCAUAUUGACGCCAUCAAACAUCUUAUUAUUAAGGGAGCUAAGAUCAACAAGAAGGAUAAAAGUGGUUGGAUUUCAUUACACAGUGCUGCUUUCAAUGGACAUAUUAAUGUCAUCAAAUAUCUGAUUAGUGAAGGAGCUGAGAUCAAUGAGAAGGAUAAAAAUGGAAUGACUGCUUUACACAGUGCUGCUUUCGAUGGGCAUAUUGAUGUCAUCAAAUAUCUGAUCAGUAAAGGAGCUGAUGUAAAAAAUGGGGAUAAUGAUGGUCAGACUGCAUUACACAGGUCUGCUUCCAAUGAUCAUAUUGACGUCAUGAAAUAUCUGGUCAGUAAGGGAGCUGAGGUCAAUAAGAAGGACAAAAAUGGUUGGACUGCAUUACACAGUGCUGCUUCCAGUGGUCAUAUUGACGUCAUCGAAUAUCUGAUCAGUGGAGGAGCUAAGGUCAAUAAGGAGGAUAAAGAUGGUCAGACUGCAUUACACAUUGCUGCUUCCAAUGGGCAUCUUGACGUCAUCAAAUAUCUGAUCAGUAAGAGAGCUGAGAUUGUUAAAGAGGAUAAUAAUGGUCAGACUGCAUUACACAUUGCUGCUAGAUUAGGCCAUACUGACGUCAUCAAAUAUCUGAUCAGUCAACGAUGUGAUCUUCCAGUUGACAACAGGGAUGCUAAGAAUGAUUCAGUGGCCAUCCAUCUAGCUGUGAUGCACGGACUUACAUCCAUCAUUGAGAGGAUGAUUGCUAAAGGAUUUGAUCUCAAUGUACAGUCUAAUGACGGUCAGACAUGUCUUCAUAAAGCUAUCAAAUUAUGCUACCAAAAGAAAAAGAAUGUUGAAUACACCGAAACACUCAGAAAGGUAUCCAAAGAAUACUACAGUGGCAGGUUAUCUCCUGAAAACGCAUUGGUGUUCUAUCUCUUAGAACAUGGAGCCAGGAUUGAUAUUAAGGAUGAAGCAGAUUGCCUACCAAUCCACUAUGCAAAGGAUGAAAUGAUCAGACAGAUGAUAUUGGCAAGGUGAACAAUUACUUAAAACUAAAUUUCCAGUACAAACGGGUUUUGAUGUACAUGUAUUUUCAAUAGAGGAAAAUCAAACAUGCACAACAUUGAAAAUUUUAUUACAAUCGAAUGUAAAAUUAUAUGAUAUUUUGAAGUUUCGCUUAUUUUUCCUAAAAAAGUUAUAUGCACAAAUCAGUGACAUGUAUGAAAGAGUCGGUGAUGUCCCUAAC